GAACAAUUGAGAAUUCCACAGUCAGUCAUGCUGUCGCUAGUGCUCAACUGAAAAGGUGGAAAGCUGCAGACCAGACCAUAUCCGUGGCGCUCUUGUCCGGGGGAUCUAGACCUCAUCUUCGGCAUAGCAUUCACAGCUAUACACCAGUUUAUCGGGAAUCCCGGCAAGUGUACGUGCGACUUUUGCAUGUAUGCUUGCAUUUAAGUGCGGUCCGUUACGCUGUCAAAUUGCUACAACCCAAGCUUUGUUGUGCUACCAUCUUGUCACCACCGCAUCUAGACUACAACCCCAGACUUGCACGACUUCACGCAGGUUGUAGCGAGUAUGGGUUUUACAUUCGGCAACAUGGCUCGCGCCUUGAGUGCACUUGCAGCAGUGCUUCCCUUCGCCUCGGCUGUUCCAUUUGGUUUGCAAAUAUACUCAUGCACUUUGCCUGGGGUCAUUGCCCCGGGUUUUGACGAUGGUCCGUGGAUUUAUUCAGAGGAUAUCCUCGACCGUAUGGAAGCUGCAGGUAUCAAAGCCACCUGGUUCAUCAAUGGGGCCAAUAAAGGGAACAUCUACGAUUACAACUCCACUUUGUUGAGGAUGAUCGACAUGGGACACCAGAUCGGAUCGCACACAUGGAGUCACAAAGAUCUCGCUACUUUGACUGCUGAUGAAGUAAAAGAAGAAAUGCUUUUGUUAGAGGAGGCCUUGAUCAACAUCCUCGGCUAUUUCCCUUAUUACAUGCGCCCUCCGUUCUUAUCAGUCAGCGCGGUCGCGCUCCAAGCACUCAAGGAACUUCAGUACCAUGUUAUUAUUGGCGACCUGAACACCAAGGAUUGGGAGUAUCAGACAGAAUCUGGGAUUGAGACUGCAAAAAAACUGUUUACCGACGGUCUUGACAUUGGUCGCACCAUAGUAGAGGCGCACGAGCAGGAAGUCUGGACCCACGGAGUACUCAUUGACUUCAUGAUCCAGACAAUCCAGGCUAGGGGUCUCAAAACUGUCACCGUGGCGGAGUGCUUACAGGAUACGCAAGUGUAUCGCCAAGCGCGAUCCACUAACACCACAUUCACCGACCCAGAACCAACUGUGGUCUACUCCCUCAACAAUCUAUGUGGCAACAUCAACGCCGGCAACAAUCUGGGAUGGACAUGCCCUCCAAAUGGUGGCAGGUGCUGCAGUAAGUAUGGACACUGCGGUAGCGGUACCAGCUAUUGCGCUCCAACCGUAUGCCAGCCCGCUUUCGGAUCGUGUAGUGUUGCGCCAACAAGCACAUACGUCGACGAAGCCGCGAACGUUAACACCAAGACUGGAAUACCCCCCCGGACUGUAUCUGCAACAGCUCUUGCAACCCCCCUCGGACGUGGAAGCGUAACACCAGACAGAACCUGCGGAGACGUUGGUAAAGGCAACAACAACGGCUACGUCUGUAAAACCGGCCAGUGCUGCAGCAGGUACGGAAACUGUGGUACGGCUUCAGACUACUGUGCGCCCUCAGUAUGUCAGAGCGCUUUCGGAACGUGUGAUGAUGCCGCUCCCGUACGUGGAAGCGUUUCACCAGACAGAACCUGCGGAGACGUUGGUAAAGGCAACAACAACGGCUACGUCUGUAAAACCGGCCAGUGCUGCAGCAGGUACGGAAACUGUGGUAACACUACAGACUAUUGUGCGCCCUCAGUAUGUCAGAGCGCUUUCGGAAGGUGUGAUGAUACCGCUCCCGGACGUGGAAGCGUUUCACCAGACGGAACCUGCGGAGACGUUGGUAAAGGCAACAACAACGGCAACGUCUGCAAACCCGGCCUCUGCUGCAGCAAGUUCGGCAACUGCGGUGCUACAAACGACUACUGUGCGGCCUCACUGGGUUGUCAGUCAGCCUUUGGUAACUGCACAGGCGUGGUUUCUUCUUCCAGCUCGUCAGGAUUUUUGACAACGAGUGCAGACAGCUCCUCUCCGAUCAGAUUGUUGAUUAGCAACAUCACGACGUCUGCGACGAGUUCUUCUAUGGCCUCCAGCACACUCAGCUCUACAUCGAACUCCGCGAGUUCUUCCCAGAGCUCACCCAACCCCUCUGGCAGCUUAGCACCAUCGACCAGUCUCGCUAUCCUGUCGACCAGCAACUCAACUACGCUACCUUCUAGCAGCCCCGCAGUCAAUGCUCUACUUGCUGCUUCGCUUUCCGGUAGUGCAUCUGUGGCUUCCCUUAACAGUACAACAACCGAUGCAGGCCUCCGCACAUCUGUUAGCAGCUCUGUCAGCAGCUCUGCCAGCAGCUCUCCCACCAGCUCUGCCAGCAGCUCUCCCACCAGCUCUGACACGGUUUCAUCGGCGAGUUCCGCGGCAACAAGCAGUUCGUCGAGCCAAGCUGUUGCUGCUGCUGCCGUUGCCAGCAGCUCACCCAUGCCUAGCAGUAUCACAGGCUCGAGCAGCACUGCAGUAUCAAGCACUUUGACGGAUGCAAGCAGUGCUCCGAAAACAAUCCUGUCAUCCAUUGUGAGCAGUUCUAUCAUUUCGAGCAACUCUACCUCGAGCAACUCUACCUCGAGCAGCUCUACCUCGAGCAGCUCUACGAGCUCUUCCGCUCUAUAAAUUCUUGUAAUGACGGCUCAAUGUUAAUGAUAGCUGCGCUCAAAAUAUAAUAAUUUC